CCAAUUUUCUCUUGGGAAAUCAAGCUGCAGUGGAAAAAUGUGGAAAUUUUUAAGUUUAUGUGUGGUGGGCUUGGCCCUACAGGCCUCGGCUCGCGAUUGGUGGGAAAAUGGUAAUUUCUAUCAGGUCUAUCCGAGAUCCUUCCGGGACAGCAAUGGAGAUGGUGUGGGUGAUUUGAAUGGUGUGGCCCAGAAAAUUGAAUAUUUGCGAGACCUGGGCAUGGAUGGUGUCUGGUUGUCGCCCAUCAUGAAAUCCCCCAUGUCCGAUUUUGGUUAUGACAUUUCCGACUACUACCAGGUCCAGGCGGAAUAUGGCUCCUUGGAUGACCUCCUGCGCCUAAUUGAAAAAGCCCAUAGUGUGGGUUUGAAAUUGAUUUUGGAUUUCGUGCCGAAUCACACUAGUGACGAACAUGAAUGGUUCCAAAAAUCGGUGGCCAAUGACUCCUACUAUCGCGACUUCUAUGUAUGGCAUGAUGGCAAAAUUAAUUCGGAAACGGGUGAACGUGAACCGCCCAGCAAUUGGUUGUCUCAAUUUAAAUAUUCCGCCUGGGAAUGGAACGAGCAGAGACAGCAGUACUAUUUGCAUCAAUUCGGUGUCAAGCAACCCGAUUUGAAUUAUCGCAACCCUAAUGUGGUGGCUGCCAUGAAGGAUGUCUUGAAUUUCUGGAUGGAUCAUGGCAUUGAUGGUUUUCGCAUUGAUGCUGUGCCUUUUCUGUUCGAAAGUGAAAUUGACCCUGAGACCGGGACCUAUCCCGAUGAGCCUGUAAUUGCCGAUACGUCGGUAUGUCCCGAUCCCAGUGACUGGUGCCAUCUACAGCAUCCCCAUACCAACUCCCUACCCGAAUGCAUUGACAUGGUCUAUCAAUGGCGCCAGGUGAUUGACAUUUGGAAAUUGGAACAUAACUCGACGACUAAGAUUUUGUUGACCGAAGCCUAUACCAGUUUUGAGAAUUUAAUGAGAAUGUAUGGCGAUGGCCAAAGGAACGGCUCCCAUGUACCCUUCAAUUUUGAAAUGUUGGCCAGCUUGAAUAAGGACAGCACGGCGGAGGAUUAUCGUUACUAUGUCAAACAUUGGGUGGAUAAUAUGCCUGAGGAUGUCUAUGCCAACUGGGUGUUGGGUAAUCAUGACAAUCGUCGUGUGGCCUCCAGAUUUGGACCUCAGCGCAAGGAUUUGCUGAAUAUUUUCCUGCAGACAUUGCCGGGCAUUUCGGUGACCUAUAAUGGCGAUGAAUAUGGAGCCGAGGAUGUAGAGUUCUCCUGGGAGGAUACUGUCGAUCCCCAGGGCUGUAAUGCCGAUCCUGAGACCUAUCAAAAAUACACCCGUGAUCCAGUGCGCGCCCCAUUCCGUUGGGAUGCCACAGCCAAUGCUGGUUUUAGCAAGGCAGCCAAGACAUGGCUGCCGGUGGGAGAGGGCUAUGAAAACAACAAUGUCCAGGCCCAGUUGGCGGCCGAUAACAGUCAUUUGAAAAUCUUUUUGGCAGUCAAUAAGUUGAGGCGUGAGGAGCCUGCCUUCAGUGGUAAAAGUGUGGAUCCCGUCGUUGUGGAUAAUGUUUUGCUGUAUGAGAGAAAUCCCCCCUCCGGCAACGGCGACUCCUUCUUGGUGGUCCUGAACAUCGGUGAUGUCGAUGUGCCAUUGAAUUUGGGCCAAUAUGCCAAAAAGGUUGGCCAACAGGUUGAGGUCUCCGUUAGCUCUUUGCAAUCCGGCAUUGAACCAGGACAAGUUGUCGACAGCGAAAACUUUGUGGCCAAGGCCUAUGUCGGCUAUGUUUUGCGCUUGAUUUAAAUAUUGUUACGAAAAAAAUAUAUAUGUAUUAAAAAUAUGUUUAUUUGUUAAAUAAAUUUUGCUCUAUUUGUAUUUUGUGCAGACACAAA